AUGGACGGCGACCCGGCGGUUGAGCCACAGCUCGACUCCUUCAGCCUGACCUUCCCCUUGCCCUACCGCGUCGCCUUCAUCGUCGUCCUAGCUGUCUGGGGAUGGGGCAUCAACCUACACCAUCUUUACAAUCUCAAGAUUGAUGUGCCCUCGCUCAUUCGCUACCCACAACGGCCCUCAGCCUCCCAUCCUCCCCACCACAGAUCGACCUAUCGGCUCGCGACCGUGAUAUCGUCGACCCUGGCCUUCUCAAUCGUCACCUUUUGGCUGUUCUCCCACCGCGAUCCGAAGCUCGUCGUCUACUAUGACUGGAUGCCCAUGACCUACCUGGUCGUCCUGGCCAUGCUCUUCAUCCUACCGUUGCGGCCCCUUGCGCUGUCGCAUGGCGGGCGGUCCCGCCUCGUGGCGACGCUGAAGCGGGUGAGCAUCGGCGGCCUCGCGCAGGCCAGCGACGGCAAGUUCGGCGACAUCCUGCUGGCCGAUGUGCUGACGUCGUACGCCAAGGUCUUCGGCGACCUGUUCGUGUGCAUCUGUAUGAUGUUCUUCCACGGCGAGACCGGCAGCGCCACCGACCGACCCGACCGCAACUGCGGCGGCAGGGUGCUCGUGCCGCUCAUCAUGGCCCUGCCGUACCUGAUCCGGCUGCGCCAGUGCCUGAUCGAGUUCGUGCGCGUGCGCGCCGCCCCCUACAAGGAGAGCGUCGGCUGGGGCGGCCAGCACCUCGCCAACGCGUGCAAGUACGCCACGGCCUUCCCGGUGCUCCUCUUCAGCGCCCUGCAGCGCAACCUGCCCAACGACGCCCCUGGCGUCAGCAAGGUCGGCCUGUACCGCGCUUGGGUCGCCGCCUGCCUGGUCAAUAGCCUGUACAGCUUUUACUGGGACGUCACCAAGGAUUGGGACCUGACGCUCUUCGCGCCGAAGCGCGAGCGCGAAUCGCCUGAGCACGCGUUCGGCCUGCGGCGGAGGCUGAUGGUCGGCGGGCCGGCCCUCUACUACCUCGUCAUCGCGAUGGAUCUCAUGCUAAGGUGUACGUGGAGUCUGAAGCUCAGCCCGCACCUGGAUCACAUUGUCGAUUUCGAGUCCUCCAUCUUCGUCAUCGAAUUCCUCGAGGUCUUCCGCCGUUGGGUCUGGAUCUUCUUCCGCGUCGAGACCGAGUGGCUGCGGAAUAACAACAAUGCGGGUCUGGCGGUGGACGACAUACUUUUGGGUGACUAUCAGGGCAAGUAUGAAGACGAUGAGGAAUAG